AUGGUCAUGCGCAUCGGCUACCAGAUCGCGCUCUCUCCGCCCGACGGCGCCGAGGCGCGCCCGGACUGGAGCGCGCUGUCCGACGUGUGGCGCGAGCACGUGCUGCCGCACGCGGAGGAGCUGUCGGCGCUCGGCGCUUCGCCUCGCAGCGCUUGA